AUGACCACCGCACCCGCACCAACGACCAAUGCCAUAAGUCUCAAAUCCGGCGCCCGAAACUUCUUCCACACAUACGUCGGCAUGGGCGACUACGACGAAGUCAAUGCCCUUCUCGGCCCCGGUCCCCAAGGCCUGUACCCAGUCCACUAUGCGGCCUAUGGCGGGCAUUGGAGAUACUGCGCCUACUUGUGCGCGGCGGUGUCGGGGAAUCUGGAGGUCGUGAAAUUCUUGAUGAAUAUGGAGGAGGAGGGGGAGAAGGAGGAGGGUGCUGAUGUUAAUGUCGAGGUUGACGUUGAUAUUGUGUCGGAUGCGCAUGGCGCCACGGCGCUGCUGUGCGCGUGUGACCAGGGCCAUCUGGAGGUCGCGAGGUUCCUUGCUGUGGAGAAAAAGGCGUACCCGUUUCUUGCGGAGAAAGAGGGGUGCUCGCCGCCUAUGAAGGCGGUUAAUGCGGGACAUACGGAGGUUGUGGAGAUGUUAUUUGAGGAAGUUGAUCUGGAGGAGUGGGCGGGAAGUAUAGAUGAACGACAGAGGGAUUUGGCGGCUGCCAGGGAAUUCUUGGAGAAAGGGGCUGAUAGUUCAAUUGUCUAUGGAAAGGAAACGACACCCGUUCAGGCAGCUAUAGGGCGUGGUUUUCAUGGGGUGGCCGAGUAUCUGCUUUCAGAGGCGAUGAAGCUGACGAACAUGGAGUAUGUGGACAGUGACUCGGACGAGAGCGAUGAAUGA